CAAAGGUUGGCAUCGGGAAAUGGUGGUGUCGAAAGCAAGUAGCGUUGUUGUGAGCUUCUGAGGACCACAUGCUGUAGCAGACGACACUCAGGCUCGGCAGCAGACGACUCAAACAAGUUGGAGGGAAGAAUUAUUGGAGACUGGUUGGACGUUCGAAGAUCGGAGGCUUGAGAGCAAACAUAUCGAGGCAAAUUGAAUGAAGCUUGGCCGAGCUCGUCCAAUUAUGACCCGCGAUAAGUAGAUCUAUCUGAGGGAACUCAAAUAUUGUCCUGUUCAGCUGUAUCGCGACAUGCGGCGCUGCAGAGAUUGAAUGAAUACCAAACUAAAAGUUCUCAUAGCAGUUACAGAGUUUGACCGGAGGUUUUGUUCACAGGAGGAGAGGAUGUUACGUCAAAAGUCUGAUUGUUUUGUUCGUGGUGUAGAUAUGGAUUGAAGCCAGAGGCUUUGGAAUCAGGAACUAUCUGCGAGUGAGAGUCUACCUGAGCCUGUACGAGAGGUUCCCGCCAUGUGUGUUUGUCGUCUGCUCAAGACUGAAAGAAGCGGCAGACGAGAGGGUUGUACAAACAGAAGAGAGUGAGAAUAGUUGGCUAUUCACUUGUCGCAUGGAAGUAUUACAUGUGUUGUAAAUCCUUUCGUGUCAUCAUUCGCCGUUUUUUGUAGUAAUUUAUCGUAGAUAAACAACUUCAACACACCAUAACGAGUUGUUCACAGUUAAAAUUCACGAAGGUAAAGAGAAGAGAUUGACUGGAACCCAGUUCUUAUAUUCGCGCAGAACAGUCCGGGGAGGGUUUCAGCAGAGUUUGACAACCCCAGACUUGGAAUCCAUUUCAUUUUUUGCAUUUCAAAAGUAAAACUUGCUGCUUUGAACUUCAGUCUGCUACCUCCGCUCCACAGGGAAAGGCGUCACUUCAACCAAGCCAACACCACCCAUGAGCAGCAGAAUUCUUCUUUCUUGGCAACAAACGGAGCUAAUUAAUUGAAAGGAAAAAAUAAAUUUCAAGUUGUGAGUAAAACUGUCUAUUUGAAGAUUAGGACUGAUGAAGCAAUGAAGAACGUUCCGUAUCCGGCAUCUUCAAAGUUGACGGAACAUUAAAAGAAACCCAAGGAACCAUUCCAGUAAAGGCCUCGUCUACUACAAGAGGGCGGAGAAAUCAAUCCAUUGGAAUCAUUCCUUCGAUGUCUUCCCGAUCCUACGCCGGGAGGAUGCCAGGCCAGUACUCCCAUGUCCACAAUGGUCAGCCGGUGGCCAGGAACUAUCGACAACUACGGCUGUGUGAGGUAGCCAACAUGGUGAUGAAGGCCGAGAUUAAGACCAUAGAGUUCUGGAGAGCCGUCAUCUCGGAAUGUUUAGGGUCUAUGUUCUAUGUUCUGCUUGGGUGCAGCGCCACGUUGUUUUGUGAGAAUUUUAGAGACUAUAGAUACGAUAUAUUGCUGGUGUCGUUUUCAUUCGGAUUUACAAUGGCGACUCUUGUCCAGUGUUUUGGACAUAUAUCAGGUGCCCACUUCAAUCCAGUCGUCAGCCUUGCCAUGACGAUUACGUGCAAAGUGACCCCCUUGAGGGGAAUAUUGUACUGUAUUGCCCAGUGUGGGGGAGGAAUAGCAGGGGCGGCCGUGUUAUAUGGGAUUACGCCGAGCAAGUGUCACAAGCAGCUAGGGGUGACUAUCCUGGACUCCCAGGUGUCCAUGUGGCAGGGCUUGGGGAUUGAGACCUUACUUACCUUCAUCAUGGUGUUCGCCGUGUUCGCCACCAUCGACCCCAACAGGAAGGAGCUGGGUAGCAAGGCGCUCGCCAUCGGAGUAGCUGUAGCUCUGUGCCACCUAGCAGGGUAUCGCUUCACCACAAGCUCCAUGAACCCAGCGCGAUCUCUGGGCCCCGCCUUUGUCAUGAAUCGCUGGAAGAACCAUUGGAUCUACUGGGUUGGACCAAUGGUUGGCGGUUUAAUGUCUGGCUUGUUAUAUGAGUAUAUAUUCGACCCAAGUCGGAGUCGCCGAAAACCACGUAGUGUAGAGGAGUCACCAUCAUAUCCGGAUCCGGACGAGGAUGAAGUCAGUACCCUGCCUACAACUACGUCAUCACCAAAUCACGCGCCUCAUCAAUACGGAAAUCACGUGGCUCGCAGCUACGACAGCAACCUCGGUACCUCAUACGGCAAUCACGUGAGCGGAGGCCAUGGUAAUCACGUGAGUGGUGGCUAUGGCAACCACUACAGCAGUAACCACGACACCGAGGCUGGUAUAAAUUAUGGCGGCCCAGCGGGAGGGCGCAGAGGCUAUAAAAACUAUAUGCCCGUGGAUAACACAACGGCAGGAACGGAAAACCAGGCUUAUGCGUUUGAUACUCACCCCCGGCGGAUACCACCCCCACCCCCAGCACGUACCGCACACAUGGUGGAACCAGUGAACGAGGAAAUCCUCCUUGAUGACGUUAGGGUGGAUCAUUACCCAGGGCGACAGGCUUGAGGGGUGCUGUGUAGCCCUCCACCCGGUAACAGGCCUAGAGGGGUCCGAGUACAAAACCAAGAAGACAGGCUUCAGAAUUUCAGGGUUCAUACUCUCUCGGAAAGGUUUGUGUAACGGAUUGCUACCAGUAUUAAAGCGAUAGUGUGGAACCCGUGACAAGGCAUUGAGAAGAACAGGAAGGCGCAUUAAGGCAGUUUUAAAGGGUCUGUACG